CACCCGGCGGUUCUCGUAGGCGGAGCCAGAAUGUGUGCAUGUUGCAUGCACACGUGUUCCCUCGCCAGAGUCCGUGUGGCGUCCCCCCUUUUCCCAUGUAUCCCCCUAUAGCCUCACGGUACCCAAUGGGUGCUUAGGCCUUAGGCCUUCGUGGUAGUUGGAGUAUAAAAAAAAAAAAAUCUAUAUAUAUAUAUAUAUAUAU